AUCUAACUCUUGAAGUGAUUACAUAAUAAAGAUUGUUUGAACUCACAGGAGGAUUGUUGAUAGCCUGUAUCUAUGGUUUCAUCUCAAAGACUAUAUCUCUCGCGAAUCGUUACAAGGAAAUCUCACUCUUUGGCAAGUGCCCUUGUUACCAAAUCACAAGAGUCGAUCCCCAAGUCAGUUGGAUGCUCGGAUUCGGGUUCGACCUGUGAGGCACACCAACUGUUCGACGAAAUUCGAGACUUGAAUGUCAUUUCUGGUACAGCAGUGAUUGGCCGCUUUGUGAAGCAAAGCAGGCAUGUAGAGGCAAUCCAUGCUUUGAAAAGGUUGCUGUAUCUGGGAAUCAGACCAAACGAGUUCACCUUCGGCACCGUCAUUGGGUCCUCUUCAUUUUCGAGAGAUGUCAAAUUAGGCAAGCAGCUACAUGGUUUUGCGUUAAAAAUUGGACUUGCGUCGAAUGUGUUUGUGGGCAGUGCGGUUUUGAACUGUUACGUGAAGCUGAGCACGUUGAUGGAUGCUCGUAGAAGCUUUGAUGAUACUAGAGAUCCAAACGUUAUUUCUUUUACGAAUUUGAUAAGUGGGUACCUAAAGAAACAUGAAUUUGAGGAAGCCCUUUCCUUGUUUAGAACAAUGCCAGAGAGAAGUGUUGUUACUUGGAACGCAGUGAUUGGUGGGUUUAGCCAGACGGGACGGAAUGAAGAAGCUGUGCGUACUUUUGUGGAUAUGUUAAGGGAAGGUGUGGUGAUGCCUAAUGAAUCAACCUUCCCUUGUACUAUAACAGCCAUAUCCAAUAUAGCUUCUCAUGGUGGUGGUAAAAGUAUCCACGCCUGUGCUAUCAAGUUCUUGGGUCAGCAAUAUAAUGUCUUUGUUUGGAAUUCUCUCAUUAGUUUUUACUCCAAGUGUGGAAACACGGAGGAUAGUGUUUUGGCUUUCAACAAGCUCCAUGAACAAGAAAGGAACAUCGUCUCUUGGAACUCUAUGAUAUGGGGUUAUGCGCACAACGGAAGAGGAGAAGAAGCUAUAGCCAUGUUUGAAAAAAUGAUCAAAGACACAAACCUGAAACCAAACAGUGUGACACUUCUUGGAGUGUUAUUUGCGUGUAACCACACGGGCCUAAUCCAUGAAGGGUACUCAUAUUUCAACAAAGCAGUGAAUGAUUAUGAUAAUCCAAACCUGCUACAACCUGAGCACUAUGCAUGUAUGGUGGAUAUGCUCUCUAGGUCAGGUCAUUUCGAAGAAGCAGAGAAGCUUAUUAAAAGUCUGCCUCUUGAUCCGGGAAUCGGGUUUUGGAAAGCAUUGCUUGGGGGAUGCAAGAUUCACUCAAACAAGCGUUUGGCUGAAUUAGCGGCGUCAAAGAUCUUAGAGAUGGAACCCAGAGAUGUUUCGUCGUACGUUAUGCUUUCAAAUGCUUACUCUGCUGUGGAGAAGUGGCAGAAUGUGUCGGAGAUACGGAGGAAGAUUAAGGAAACGGGUUUCAAGCGUAUCUCGGGAUGUAGUUGGAUUGAAGUUAGAGGCCAAGGUUGUGUCUUUGUCAAUGCUGACAAAAGCAACAAACAGAAGGAUGAAGUCUAUAGGGUGUUGUCAGUUAUUACGCAACAUCUUAUAGAAGACCUGCGAAGACUUCAAAAAGUCAACUGUCUAAUGUUUAAUGUAACAUAGAAUAACAAUCCCUUUGGGACUCCUACCCCAAUCUCGCAUUGUUGUGUUAGAAUUGCAGCAAUCAAACAAUGGGGGUGAUUGGUUGGGUUUUAUCCUCUGUUCUAAAAAUCGGCCGU